CGCAGGGCAGCGAGCAGCACCGCCUGCGUUGUGUGUUUCCACUGUCGUUCAAAGCGAGCGGAGAAUAAACUGAGAUCUCAUGUGCUUUUAAUGGAAAAAGGGUUAAAUAUCUUCAGGUAAAGCAGCCUGAGAGGAGAAGGAGGAGGACGAGGACGAGGAGGAGGAGGGAGAGAGGAAGAUCUGCAGAGAAGGAGAGACAGAGGAGAAGAGGAGGAGGACUGAGAGAAAAAAUCGGGAGAGUAGAAUGCCACAGAUUUGACUGAAAGAUGUCCAACGUUAACAUGGAAGCGACCACCAUCCUCUCCAUUCUCAAGAAGAAACUGGCCUUUUUGUCAGGGGGCAAAGACAGGCGCAGUGGUCUGAUCCUGACCAUCCCACUUAGUUCGGAUCAGACCAGCAUGGAGGAGCUCAGUGUCACACUGGACUAUCUGCUCAGUAUCCCUAGUGAGAAGUGUAAGGCUCGGGGUUUCACCGUCAUCGUGGAUGGACGGAAGUCUCAGUGGAACAUUGUGAAGACUGUGGUGCUCAUGUUGCAGAAUGUGAUCCCAGCUGAGGUGUCGCUGGUCUGCGUGGUGAAACCAGAUGAAUUCUGGGAUAAAAAAGUCACACAUUUUUGCUUCUGGAAGGAGAAAGACCGCCUGGGCUUUGAGGUGAUCCUGGUUUCGGCCAAUAAGCUGACUCGUUACAUCGAACCGUGUCAGCUGACGGACGAUUUUGGAGGAAGUCUGGACUACGACCACAACGACUGGCUCAACAAAAGACUGGUUUUUGAGAAGUUCACCAAGGAGUCUACGUCGCUGCUGGACGAGCUGUCGAUCAUCAAUGACAGCGACAAGAGCAGCUCGGUGGACAAGGACAAAUCAGCAGACUGUGCCCUCCUGCCGUCUUUUGACCCUGAGACUGUCCUUCAGACUGGUCAUGAGUUGUUGUCGGAGUUGCAGCAGCGUCGUUUCAACGGCUCCGAGGGAGGAGUAGGAGGAGGACAGGGAGUUCCGGCCUGGUGUCCCAUGGAGGAGGAGCUGCUUGCUCAGCCUCAGGUGAUGAAGCUGCUGGACUCGCUCAGGGAGCAGUACACAAAAUACCAGGAGCUCUGCAGACAGCGAAACAAACGCACCCAGCUAGACGAGAUCCAUGCCAAGGUCAUGCAGGUGGUCACCUGGCUGCAGGGUCCAGGUUCAGAGCUGUUGAAGACUCAUCAGGCAAUCGGAGACUCUAUGCGAGCGGCUCAGGCCCUGCAGCAGAAACACGAGGAGAUCGAGAGCCAGCACAGUGAGUGGUUUGCGGUGUAUGUGGAGUUGAACCAGCAGAUCGCUGCCUUGCUCAGUGCUGGGGAAGAGGAGGAAGUGGUGGAGCUGAAGGCGCUGCAGCAGCAGCUGAGUGAUGUCUGCUAUCAACAGGCGGCUCAGCUGGAGAGCCGACAGAACGUCCUGCAGGCGGCGCAGUGCUUCCACAGCACCACACAAGAGUUGUCCCAGCAGUUGGACAGUCUACUGGGCAUGCUCUGUGCUGAUGUGGCUCCAGCUGACGGAGCUUCGAUUCAACAAAACCUCAAACUGCUGGAGGAGAAGCUGCAGACUGUCGAGGCAGGUCUUACUUCUCUGCGUCAGAAGGGCGGACUGUUGCUGGAGCAGAUGUGCAGCCAGCCGUCGUGGUCUCUGGAAGAAACGGAGAGUCCAGCGGGUGAACAACAGGACAACGUUCAGCACAUCCAGGCUGUGAUGGAGGAGAUGCAGCUCCGCAAGCAGAGGUGUGAGGACAUGGUGGAUGUGAGGAGGCUGAAGAUGCUACAGAUGGUCCAACUGUUCAAAUGUGAGGAAGACGCUUUACAGGCAGUGGAGUGGCUGAGCGAGCUGUUGGAUGCCUUGUUGAAGACUCACGUCAGACUGGGUGAUGAGUCUCAGGAGACCAGGACCAUGUUGGACAAACACAGGAAGUUUGUGGAUGUUGCUCAGAGCACCUAUGACUACGGCCGUCAGCUGCUGCAGGCGACUGUCGUCCUCUGUCAGUCUCUGCGCUGUACGACGCGCUCGUCGGGAGACACUCUGCCCAGACUCAACCGAGUCUGGAAACAGUUCAGCGUCAGCGCUGAGGAGAGACAGCAGAGACUGGAGCUUGCCCUGAGCUUCCACACUGCUGCAGAGAAGGUGUUACAUCAGGAAUGUGUAGAGCCAGAGUCUCUGGAUGAAGUCGACUCUUCAGGAAAAACUCUGCUGGACAGACUGACCAUGCCGGUUAUCUUCCCCGAUGGGAGCGAGCAGUACUUUGGGAGUCCCAGCGAAACAGCGGCGGCAGCAGAGGGUGUCAGAGAGCGCCUCCUGCUGGUGGAGGAGCGACGGCUGCAGCUGCAGGUGGUGGGGCUUCAUAAUGACGAUGUGGAGGAGAAGCUAAACGGGCAGGAGGCGCGGUUAGACGUGAUCGGAGAGGAACUGAGCGAGAAAGAGGAGCAAGAUGAGGAGGAAGAGGAGGAGGAGGAAGAGGAGGAGGGGCAACAGGAUGAAGAGUUAGAGAGGGCUACACAGGACUGCUAAUGGAUCGCUGAUGACGUUAAACCAAGCAGCCUUACUGAAGCUCGUUAACGAAAGGGCUGCUGAUUAAUUUCUACCGAGAGCUCCGAUGCUUUCUUAAGCCAGAUAAGCCUGCUGUUGGUUGCCUCUGUCUCACCGCAACAGUAGAUCAUUCUUAUUGCUGGCAUUUCUCCACAUUAAGACUACAUUUCCCAUCAGCCUCAUUGCUUACCCUUCCUGCAAGAGGAUAAACAUGUUGGAUGUGAUUACUCAGUCAUUUUUUCACUCCGUUAAAAGCAGAAAUUCUGAAAGCUCCACCAGUGUUUGCUCUGGACAUACAGCAGCGCCCUUUGCUGCCAUGAAGCGAUCCAGCAGAUUUCCUUCCAAAUGUGACCUGCUGAAUCACAAAUGUAAAGUACUGGAAUUAUUAAUACUUGUGUCUCUAAAUGCUCUGCUGAUAAUGACUGAUGGUAAAAUAACCCAUUUUGGAUAAGAAUACUCCUAACAUACGCCUAACACCCCUCUUCCCAGCAUGCCAUUUGUUCACCGAAGUGGGCAGAGCUUCCAUGGUGCUAACAUGGUGACUAAGGUUUCUGUCUGUGCCUCCUCCAACUUCUCUCCUUUCCUGUUUACUGUGCUGCGUCGCCUCCUGGUAUUUCCCUCUUCAAACAGAAGAUAAACUUUGUGGCCAACACAGGAUCUCACAGCUGCAGUAUAUCAGGUGUGCAGCAACCUGAUCCUGUUCCUGCAUCAACAUUUCUCCCAUAUACCGUGUCAGGUGACUGGAGCAUUUCAACUCUAGCAUGGACAUGAAACUCUCCUGGUUGAAUCAUCUCUACAAACUAGCUGAAAAAAAUCUGCUUCAUUGACAAAAAGUCAAAGGUACAUGAUUGUAUCUAUAGCGACAUCAACAUAUAAGUCCCAGAGCGCAUUAGGAAACAAUAAAAAACAACAUCCAAUCAGCUUCAAGUAAGGUUUGUUGUGAUUUCCUCUUGCUAGUCUUCAGGUGUAAUGAGUUAAUUUCCUCCAAAAGUUUAAGUCGUCCUCUAAACUGAAAUGCAGAUUAUCCUCACUUUGUGUGCAAGGAAAUAUUGUGCAGAUUUUUCUACUAAAAAAGAAUAGAAGUGGUUGUUUUCCAUGGCAACGGCUGACUGACAUUGGAAGGCUGGCAUUGCUAGGAGAUAUUGCAACUUCUCCGGUCACCACUGACUGGAGAACAUCACACUGUGUAUCCUAAAAAACAUUUUCAACAAAUCAUAGUGUUCGCUAUUAAUGAUUUAUGCUUGGAAGGACCCAUCAUGCUGUUAAAGUUGUACUCCACAGAGUGCUGAGCCUAGCUUAGCACUGAUUUUGCAGUAUACAUUUCUUAUCUUUCAUGUUAUUUCAAUACCUGCAGAGUAACCGGCAGCUCCUGCACACACAGUACUGUGUUAGCCCUGCGUUAGCUGUCUUUUCAUGGGUCUAAAUGUGCUGAUGGCAAAUUACCAGACUGUAAAAACUCACAGCAGCAAGUUGUGCAAUGACCUAACAUAAGACCCGCCUUCUUGAUGUUCAACAACCAAUCAACAGCUGAAAACCAGUCAUUUUCUUUUAGUAAUUAUAAAUUUUACUAAAGAAGUGCAGAAGUGGAAACAAACACCAAGGAGGGAUGUAUUGAUUUCUUAGCAAAAAUAGAUGUUAAUUUAAAGCCCACUGAUUGGAUGGUUCUUGUUGAAAUGAUCUGUGGGACUUGUAGUCGACCUAGCUGUAACAAUAAUAUCCGGGAUACGUACAUGAUUCAAGGGCCCAGAUGCUCCAACCGCUUUACUGCUCUGUAGAAACCCUCUGCCUUCAUGAUGAGAAUCAAACCUGUGCCACUCGCUCUGGUUCUGACUGACCACAGGGACUGAGUUGACCUCUGCUGCCAGUCUGGUGUACAGACUGGGAGCACUGGGACUGGUGGUCAUUUGCUGUCAUGGUGACAUCAGAAUAAGAUAGAUUCCUUUUCUAUUUAUUUUACUGUUUUCAAGCAAAUCUUGUUGUAAAUGGUUGGUAUUUUAACCAAUAACUGCUGCUGUACGUGUAAUCGCUAAAUGCUGCAUCUUGCUUUCUGUCCUCUCCGUCCAAUGACAUCAGUAUGACAUCAUCCUCUAAAUAAAGAAGCUUUUUGAAGUUA